AUGGUGAUUGGCCUUCUUGGUCUCACAAUCGAUGAACUCCAGACAGGGUCGGCUGAACUGAGUCCAGAGGACAUAGAGCAAGAACAAGAAUACUUCCAGAACCUUCGACAAGUACCAGUAAUUGGCAACCAUUACUACUGUCAAUGGUGCCAUGACGGCAAAGAUAAAAAGAAGAUGGCUCGUCAACUGUGGAGUAGCCCACAAUAUGAACCUUUGGCGAAGCGAGCUCAGACGUUUGUCCGAUUCGGCAAACGGGCACAAACAUUCGUCAGGUUCGGAAAAAGAGCACAGACGUUCGUCCGAUUCGGCCGAUCGGCGCCGACGCAGAUGUAG